UCCUUGAAAUUAGGAAUGGAGAGAGCCUACUGGUCAGCACAUAAUGUAUUGAUACAACAACAACCUGUUAACAUAGUGACAAAAUUGAACCACGUAUCUAUAUUGACCGCUGAAGAAGACCUUAAUAGGGUAGAAACAUAUUUGGUCUAUAAUAUAACUGUUUGUUAUGGAGCCAAUGCCUCUGCUUUGGAGAAAGAGAUUGGUCCGGAACAGUUUCCUGUGAAUGAACAUUACUUUGGCUUGGUCAACUUUGGCAAUACCUGCUAUUGCAACUCGGUUCUGCAGGCGCUUUACUUUUGUCGUCCGUUUCGGGAAAAAGUGUUGGCCUACAAGGUCCAGCCCCGCAAAAAGGAAAGCCUCCUGACUUGCCUGUCAGACCUCUUCAACAGCAUUGCCACGCAAAAGAAGAAGGUGGGGGUCAUCCCUCCCAAGAAAUUUAUUUCCCGGCUGAGAAAAGAGAAUGAACUCUUUGACAACUACAUGCAGCAGGAUGCUCACGAGUUCCUCAACUACCUGCUGAACACGAUUGCCGACUUGCUGCAAGAGGAAAAGAAGCAGGAGAAGCAGAACGGCAAGCUCCAGAAUGGAAGCAUCGAGAGCGACGAAGGGGGGGAGAAGGCGGACCUGACGUGGGUCCACGAAAUCUUCCAGGGGACGCUCACCAAUGAAACUAGAUGUCUGAACUGUGAAGCUGUUAGCAGCAAAGACGAGGACUUUCUGGACCUGUCAGUUGAUGUGGAACAAAAUACAUCGAUAACACACUGUUUGAGGGGAUUCAGUAACACUGAGACUCUGUGCAGUGAAUAUAAAUACUACUGUGAGCAGUGUCGCAGCAAACAGGAAGCACAAAAGAGGAUGCGAGUGAAAAAGUUGCCAAUGAUUCUUGCACUGCACUUGAAAAGGUUCAAAUACAUGGACCAGCUGCAUCGCUAUACCAAACUUUCCUACCGUGUAGUCUUUCCUUUGGAGCUUCGACUCUUCAACACUUCAGGAGAUGCUACAAACCCAGACAGGAUGUACGAUCUUGUGGCUGUAGUUGUUCAUUGCGGCAGUGGUCCAAACCGUGGGCAUUAUAUCACCAUUGUGAAGAGCCACGGUUUCUGGUUGCUGUUUGACGAUGACAUUGUAGAGAAAAUUGAUGCUCAAGCAAUUGAAGAAUUCUAUGGAUUAACAUCAGACAUUUCCAAAAACUCAGAAUCUGGAUAUAUCCUCUUCUAUCAAUCGAGGGACUGAGACAACAGAUUUUAAACCAUCUUACAUGUAUUCAAAAAGGGAUCAAGCCUGUGCUCAGACAGGACAUUGUAGCGAUAGCAAAACCAAUUCCUCAUCUUUGCCAUAGGACCACAGGAGAUCAGCUGGGCCAGUUCUUCAAGGAUGGCAGCUGCCAUUAGCCAGAAGGCAACUUGCUCUGGUUUUCUUUCUGGGCUGUUUUAUACGUGCUAACUUCCCAAAUUACCUCUACUUGAAAUCUGGCUGCUUAAUCAUUCAAGAAACAAGGAAGGCUUUUUUAAAGUAGCAUUGUGGAAUCUGUUCACCGUUCAGUGACGGCCUGAGAUUGUCCUUUAGUUUCUGUUCUUAUUUCGUGUAUUCUAGCAGAACGAUUUCAGUCUUCAGUGUCAGCUCAAGACCUGUUUUACAGUACUGAUUGAUUUUGGUGGUGCAAGACAGCCGGAUCACAGCCAGGGUCAGUUGUAUUGGAAACAUCACAUCUUUAAUUCUAUAUACAGUAGGGCCCCACUCAUACGGCAGGUUAGGUUCCAGACCCACGCCGAAAAGCGAUAAGCUCCAAAAAGUGGAUCAGCUGUAGCACGGGGGUCUGGAACCUAACCUGCUGAUCACACCAGAGGAGGAGAAGAUCAGAUCUUCCCCUCCUCGGGCGCAAUCAGCUGGAGUGCGGGGAGCUCCAGCCCCCCCUCCAGCUGAUCGCCCUGCUGGUGCCGUAUUAGCAGAAUGCUGAAAAGCGGGGUGCCGAGAAGUGGGGCCCUACUGUAUGGGAAAAGGGCAAAAAGUUCACACCACUCUAGAAUUUCCUCAAAGGGUGUCAUCUUGAGUUCAGAUAACACUAUUGUCAUUCUACAUCCCCCCCUUGUCUUUCCCUAAAUCUUGAAAAUAAUUUUACAUGCUUUAUAAUAUAUUCUGUUAUUUUUGUUUCUUUGUUAGAAGUUUUGACUCAAACCCACAACGCUGCAGAAUCCAGGGGAGCAAAGAAGUAGAUGGAAGUCUUUGAGAUCAUAUCUAGUGUGAAAGCUGAACUAACUGUAUUUCUUGGAGCUAUUAUAUAAGCCAAAAGUGCCCUCUACUGAAAAAGGAUCUAUUUUGCGACAGGAACCAGAAAUAAAGAGGCAAGGCACAGAUAUGGGUUAAACUAGGGCCACUUCAUGGACUACAACUUGGAUGUUGCAAAAUUCAAAACUAAACUGCAUAGGGCUAUGAGACAAUGGCCGGGAAAACUAUAACUCUCAGUCAGGCUCCCAAGCCAGUCCUUACUGGGUGAGGUUACCAUGCAGGCAGUCACGCUGGGCUGAAGUCCAGCUUUUUCCCCUGCCACACCCCUUGGGAUGAGGAGGGAGGUCUUCCUGAUUCAUGUCCCCCUCAAAGCUCUGAGAAGCAAGUUAACCCCAGUAGUGAUCCAUACCCUGUUGCAAGAGCAAAUCUCUGGACCCACUAUUCACCUAGACGUGCCUCAGAGUGCUCCUCAUCCUUUCCACUUCCUCCUGUUCCUGUGCAUGCCUGCCAUAGGACAAGUCUCUUCUACUCCCUCCCCCCCUCCUCUCAGUCCCCUAUGGAAAUUGGAAAGGUAUCAUUUCCAGCAACCCCUAGAUUAACAUCAUCUGGCAUAUACAGUUCCUCUCUACACUGUGCAAUAUUGGGGUGACUUAUUAUCCUAGCACUAUUUGUGUCUCCCCAUUAACCUUCCCUGCUAACUUCAAAGGUUUUGGGCUCUCUCGACCCCUCCAGCAUCUCCUUGGCAGAAUGUUUGACCACAGAAGGGGCACUCUAGGCCAUCUGUGUCAAACCAGUUCCAAGUCCUGCAGAGUGUGCAAUAUUAAUGCCUUCCCUUUCAGUAGGCUGAGGUUAUGCCACCAACAUGACUCACAAGCACAUGUGCCUAUUGUUUGACCACACACCCCUGGAAGAUGGUAGGCAACAGCCUAUUCCAUGUCAAACCCCUUCUGCCCAGCCAUUGAACGGGCCAUCCCGCUAAGGCCCAACUGUGUCCCCAGCUUAGAACACAUUGCCCAGAACACCAUACUGUGUCCUGCCAUGAGGCCUCUGAUGCGUGCUUCUCCAUCCUGGCCACAGGAAUGUCAGCAGACCAUUUAAGGACCUGAUAUUGACUGUGUAGGUGCAGGAAACUCACCGGAUGGCACCUCCCUCUGUACUAUGGUCUCUGGGUGGCCCAAAUGCUCCUCUUGGCAUACCCGUGGCUUAAAUGGCAGGUUCGCUUGACUGGUUGAAGCCUCAGAGGCAUCCAUCUGUGUUGAAAUAGCAGUGCCUGUUUAGUUGACAUCUGUUGAGCCUUAGUGCUUGCCUGCCACUCUCUCCAUCGCAUCCAUCUGGGCUGGGAUAGCCCUAAGAGUUGGUCACUCCUCAUCACAAUCCUCAGAUGAGGAUUCCUGCGUAACUGGUCUUUUCUCUAGUUUCUCAGGAGGCUGCUCUAUGCCUUUCCCUUGUCAUUCCAGCCCCGAUGUGCCAUCCCUCUUAUUAGAUGAUAGAAUAAACCAAUGCAAAUGCUCAUUUAUGGUGAAAAAAAGUGACACUACUAUUAUAAUUAUUACAACUAUACUACAUCCUAAAAAUUGUUGCCCUCUUAAAAUUAUGAUGCCCCAAACACUCUCUCCAACCCAACCACCACUUAACCACCACCCCCAAUUACUCUGUAGUGUGCAGAAAAUCCCUGGGACCCAACUGUCCGGGACCCACCAGGACCUCUGCGACUGGUCUCCGCUUGACUCCCCUUGACUGCCUACUGCUGCUGCCCAGGCCAGCCAGCAAAUGCAUCCGCCAGUCAUUGCCCAUCUCCCACACAGGCCUGCGAGGCCACUGCCAACCACUCCGCUCAGAACUCUCUGGUGCUCACAGCAGAAGCCACACUCGGCCACUGCCACACUCUAACAGAGGAAGAUGGGGUAUAGCUGGGUGGAAGGGCCUUAUAUACCUCCCACCCAGCCCUCCCUAGUGCUGGCACAUUUACAUGCAGGCACUGGACGUGGCCUCUUGCCAGUCUUCUGGUCCUGCUGCAAAUGCACUCCUGCCUGGAAGGCUUUUAGCCCCUAGAUGGGGGAGUGUAUAGUGUGUGUUUCACUGUUUAUGCAAAAAGGCACCUUUAGGAAUGGAUCUGCGUGCUAUAAAUGCCCAUUAAGAAGCAAUGCAAAUUGUGGGAGUAAAUGAAGGAAUCAUUUUUGUCUUAGCAACAGUGCUGGUUUUAAGAAGAAACUAUUCAGGUCAACAUGUACCAAUGCUUAGGGACUCUUGACUCUAGCUGCUUUCACACAUGGAGCUUAUUGAGUCAGCUUAACUGAUUAAAAUGGCAGUGCUUCUGUCCCAAUUUCUAAAAUUCCUUUCACACUGCAGUACCUGUUGCAUUAAAGAACUGUGGCUUUUUCAACCAAUAUACCGGCAUGUAGCACAACUGGCUUUCAUACUGCUGCAAUGAACAGCACCUUGGUUUUGUCCCUUACCUGUUAUACACAUGCGCACUGUAGUUCUCCCGUAAUUCACUGCUUCAAUUCACUGGAAUACAGGUACAGCUUUCAUCAAGCAAAAAAAAAAUAAAAAAAUUGGCGUGUGCAUAAAGGGUGGAAAUACAGCUGCAGCUGGUACAGCGCUCCCGUGAUCUUCUGGCUUCCCAGGUUUGCAAGUGGAUUAUUUCUGGUAUUUUUAUUAUGAAAAUUAGCACUAAACUUUCACUAUAGUCCACUAGAUUUCUGGAACUAGCUUUUAUGUUGUGUGAAAGGUCAAACAUAAUGCACAAAUUACUAGGAAAGCAAUUGUCAGACUAAUGGAAUAAAGUGCACUGUGCAAGCAGCCUCUUUAUCAUCGUUGCCCAGUUCCUAUUUUGCUGCUGCUUCAACAGAGAAAAAUAAGGCUGUCUCAUGAAGACUGGAUUUCAUUUAGAGUCUACCAGCAUUAUAUAUUGUGUCUCCAAGGAUCAGUGGCGGCUGGUGUGCAGCCACAAAAACGGGAUGGUGUGCUUGGGCUGUUCCUGGUGGCUCCAUGUCAGCGGGGCACUGGAAUCCCUUCUCAGUUUUAGGCCAAACUACAGCCCAGGCUCUGAAAGUGACUAUCGUUAUUGCCCAGUCUAAACCAAAGAAACAAGUGCUGUAAAGCACACAACUGCAUAGAUUAUACAAUCAAUGGCAACUGAUAUACUUACUGAGGAAAACGAAAGGAUGGGCAAAGAAGAGUGGAAAAUACACCAUUUUGAUUACAUGGAACUAAAGUGAUACUAGUUGCAGUGAUUUGGAAAUGACAAACACUCAGUGAAACCCACACAAUACUGGAAACAAAAUAGGAAAUGCUGCUUACAAAAAAAAAGAUAAGAUGACAGGGUUUUGGUCAAGUCCUGUUCCCUGUGUUCUUCAGAUAAAGCACAACUUCUUAACUCAAUGUCAUUAACUGUAAAUAAACACAUUUCCCAUAGGGGGGUCCACACAUACCUUUCCAACAUACAUAAUAACUGAAUUCAAAUACAUUUAAAUAACCAAAGGAAGAUAUCAACUUGAAGGUUGUGCAAACUCGCCACCUUUCAGAAGUCACACACCAUCAUGGUUGAAAGCUAGAUACAUUCUUUAAAUAUUUGUUGGGUCUCUCCAAGUGAAAAUAUAUUUUAGUUUCUCCAAGUGGGAAAUAGCUGAGAAUCAGAUGAUAAAGCUUUUCAGUUUCAAUCACACUUCAGAACCCAAGCAAAUCUGAAGAUCGAAAUGAAAAAGCAAAAUCUCAAGCCAAAAGGCAAAAUAAAUUGACAAGACAGUGGUUUGUAUGGGUGAAAUCAAGGCUACAAUUUUAUUGAUUAUGGCAAACUAGCAGGGUUGGCAUGGCAAUAGGGUGAGGCUCAAUCUGCCAUCUGCACCAUGCGAAGGAACCACUUCCCCCACUUGUCAAGCAGCUGGAGAAGUACUAAACCCUUUGCUGGACCCAAGACGACCAGCCCAAAAUCAUGGGGGGGGAAUUCAAAGAAUGUGAAGCCACAUGUAACUCCCCAAAUUUCCCAGUGGGACGGCCAGCACUUGGCACACCAAUGACCUUUGAAGUAGACCCCAAAGCUCAGGCUCCCUGAAACAUCAGACUGGUACUUGCAAAUCUGCACUUGCCUCUGCCAAAAUGAAACCCUAUUGUAGCACUGAAGAAAAUGCAACCGGCCCUGCUUCAUGGAUGUUGUGAUGCAGAUGUGGUGAGGGGAAAGGACCCAAGGCAUGGCCUGAACCAGUCUGGCAGAGAAGGCCCAGCGAGCAAAGUUUAAGUGCCUGAGCAGGCCUUUUAGCUCACAGACCUCACCCUUGGUCCUGCCCUGCAUCACCUGCAUGGAGACCUGCAAGGUGGCCAAGUUGUCACCUGGAAGAGGCUGCUCAAGUUGGAUGCUGAGGUACGUUAGGGUGGUGCAGAGCCCUUCUGUUUCCUCUGGUGGCAAGGACAUCCACAAUUGUUCUGCUAGCCUCUGUAAAGUAACCAGCAACUCCUUGCAUUUGUCCAUGGCUACGGUGCCAGCAAACAAGAAGUGAUCCAGGUAGUGAGUUACUGGCACCUUCCUGUUGCAACAUCUCCCCAUUCAAGAAAUGUGCUGAAGGUCUCAAAGGCACAGGCGGAGCACCCCAUAUGCAUUGCUUUGUGAACAUACCAGCUGCCUCCAAACCUGAAGCCCAGAAGGUUGUGAUCCUGGGCAUGAAUUGGGAUCAGGCAGAAUGUGGACUAUGUGUCACAUUUUGCCAUGAGGGCCCCAUGGCCACACUCUCAGACCACCUCUACAGUCUGGUCAAAGGAGGCAUACCUGACUGAGCACAUUUCAGGAGGGAUUACAUCAUUGACAGAGGAGCCUUUUGGGAAAUACAAGUUGUGAAUGAGCCAAUAUUCACCUGGGGCUUUUUCGGGUGCGACUCCCAGAGGCAGCACACUUAGGUCUGGGAGUUGAGGGGGGGAGAGAGAAGCUAAUGGCCCAGCCACCUUACCCAGUGCACAUUCCUUGGCAAUCUUUCUGGCAACUAUCUGUGCGAAGUCAUAGAUUUUGGGUUGGGUGUGUCAGAGGCUCCGUGGCACCCAACUGCAGGAAUAUGAAAGCCCUUGGUGAAUCCCUACCACAGGUGUUGUGCUGCCUCCAUGUCAGGAUAGAUGUCAAGGGAGGUGUGCAUAGCUCAUGGCAGGCAGGCAUGAACUCACUAAUAAACGUCUACAUGCAACUGCAAAUCAAUGACCAUACAUCAUAAAAUACAAGAUGCGGCCAAACAUAUUUUGACAGAGGUGUUCCUCAGUGGCCUUGUAAAUGAUAACAGUGCGCCUUGUAUAUUUCUUUCAUAAAUGGGGGCUGAUAAUUUUGAAAUUCAAAGAAUUAAAACCUCAUUUCUUCCUAGCGGCAUAUUAUGGAAAUAAUAAAUUUCCACCAGCAUUAAAUGGUCCUCAUAGGGAUAUUGCUGUGGAAGGCCCUCUGCUCCUUUCUCCUUGCAUAAUAGGUGCCUGAGGCAGUCCCAUUGCUUGGGUCAUCUCCAGCAGCACAUUCCAGAUGUUGACAUUGUCAGGUGCCUUGGCGGUUGCUACACGGGGGCUGGGGAGCUGCAUCCGCAGGCCUCCCCCCUCUUCCCCCAGCAGCCUUCUUGCAAAGCGAAGAGAGCAAGGGCUUACGCGCUGCUGUUGCCUGCUUCUUGGAUCCUGUGCCUGACGAACAAAACGAAAAGCCGAUCGAGUUAGUAAUGUGGCAUGAUUCUGAGCCACAUUACCUUACAAAGAGGGAAGAAUGAAACCUGUGCAAAUGUGAAGCUGGGCCACAGGGCUUUCCAGUGUCUUAGCCCCUGCAUUGAACCACUGAAUUAAAACUUUUUGGGAGGUACAAGUCACACCCUGCAACACCAGCAGGAUUUAAACUAAAAUACAGAGGCUUGCUUUUUGAGACCCUGGCAAAGGAAACAACCUACGGCCACUUUACCCAUUGACCCUACCAGUUAACCAGUUAAGACUAGCGGGACACAGGGCUCUGAGAUUGCAGGCCAGACCCCUCCCGUUUUAGCUGGAGAUGUUCGCGAUUGAUCCUGGGAGCCAUCUGCAAGCAAAGCAGGCAAUACCCAGAUCAAGCUAUAGCUGUCCAUGGAGGAUUGAAAACGGGGCUCCAUGCAAACUGGGCCAAAUUACCUCCUCUUAAGAGCCCCCUGGAUGGGGGCAGGCUGGUAGUAACUGGCCCCAUGGAUCUCCUCCACCCCAAAAGCAUAACUAUAAUUGUUUUUCUCAUUUUGCUAUUCUCUAUGCAUGAUUACACAUUGUCCCAUUUGCUAUUAUAACUAAGCCUUACGAAGAAUAUGGAAUUUACGGAGAGUACCUAACUGUGUUUGUACCUAACUUGACUCAGAACCCUGUGUCCCCUUUACCCGACCUCAGUGUUUCCCCUAACUCUUCUGCUUAUCCAAAACCAUAUCAGAUGUAGGUGUUUGCUUUCCAUAGAGGGUGGUUGGCCUUAUGACUCAUCUAUUUACUCCCACCACCUAUUCAACCUAUAGAAGCUUUUAACUAUGCCUAUGGAAAGCUAGGGUCUUUCCUUUUUCCUGACUUCUGAACCAUUGAUUCGUAUAGUCCCUUGGCAUAACAUGUUCUUGUAAAACAUAUCACUACAUUGGCCACCACUGCCUGUGUUUAGGCUGUUAUUCUACUCCUUUUUAGAUUUGACCUUUGCCUCUGCUUAUGCUAUCCCAAGCGAACCCACGUCAAGAAGCUGCAGUGCUAACUUCUAUAUGUCCUACUAGCAAUGUUUAAAACACUAUUAAAAUCCUCACAGUUCCCUCCCCUUUCCUAACAAAAAAUUCCAUGAAUGCAAGAACAGAGUUCUGUGUGGAAACUAUACCAACUUAUGUUUCAAUCAGCCUUUCCCUGAUCCUCAUUUUAAAACUGAGUUUCCUUCACACCUCCUUGAAAGUGCGGACUAAAGUCCAGAGCGGAUUCUACUGCCCCACUGACAUGGAGCUACCAGCCGCUACUGCCAAGGAUUAUUGGAAAGAAUAUAUGAAAUUGAGAGGACCUUGCAGACAUUAUUUCACUUCAUCUGAGAGUUAUAUUUAGCUGCAACUUUGCUAAAAGGUCGUACUGAUGCGGUUUGAGCUGCGGGAGCUUUUGAUGUCACUAUGCAACAUCCCCACCUGAAAUGGCUUCCCAGUUUGUUUAAAUGGAGAGAGACAUUUUGAACAUGCUUUAAAAACAGCAGCUGGACUGCACAGAUCGACUGCCUCCAUGGGAAGCAUGCACAAGAGCUCCUUGUGAGCACUGGAGCACAUACAGAAUUUUAUAAUGGUGCACAUGAAUGGAAAUUGAGCUUUCGCCUUCCAUUCAGUUCUAAUGCUAAAGGUGCUUCAGCUUGUCCCAAAGCGGCCUUCCAUAUAAUGCACACUGGCAAUAGCCUGGGAGGAGGAGAUUUACUUAAUGCAAUGCCGCAGCUUGUGUCCUGUUUUUUUACCAAAAUAUUGCCCAUGUGCAGGCAGGAGGACACAUUCCCACAAGUCAUCUUACAGCAGCUGUGUAUCUUACUUGCAGAGCAGUUUUUCCUCUCCUUUGUCUCCCUAGCGGCAUUCUGUUAGCAACACAUUCCACAAUUAAAAACAGACAAAACUUCUGUUUUUCAAUUCACACCUCUACCACUUCAGACUAGGGAUGUACUAGAAUUCUGCCCAGUUCAGAUUUGGUACUGAGUUUUCCAUUAAUUUACUUAUUUCCCAUUGGUGCGGAUCUGAUUUUUAUGUAGCGAUUUUCCAUGGUUAUUUUUGGAGAUGAUUUCUUUUUAAAAACAAAUCCAUGUCUAAAAUAUUGAUAUUUUUAUUGAUAUUUUAAUCUAUUUUUCCUCUAUCAAUAUUUCCUGUAAUAUUUCCUUUCAAAGUAUGGAUAUUCAUAUCAAUAUUUUUUCCAAGGGGCAAAACAGAUCGGUAAAAGGAGCAGCUAGUGGACAAGGAAUGAACUCGAAUCAAUACCAGUCUCUUAGGUUAAUGGAAUGCUUUCGACCUGGCCCCAGCCAACAGAUCCUACUUCAGGCAGAAAACUGGUGAUGGCUAAUUUAUAAUGUCAAAUAUGCAAAAGUAAUCUUUUCUUCAGAGGUUGUCAUCCUUAAUAAAAUAACUCUUGACAACUGGUUGAUGAUAAUGCGUUAUAUGUGGAUUUUCUCUUGGCUAGAAAUCCUCGUAAAGACCCCAAAUGGGGUCACUGAUCGAAGCU